AUGACCAUGUUCAAGUUACCUGACAUCUCCCACAAAAGGGCAGAUGCUGUCGUUGCGCUAUCAACGCAAUCCACCAAUGACUUGGACAAUGUUCACAGGUUUUCCGAGGACAGAAGAAUGUCUGCCACCGAAUCGCUCCUGAUGCUCUCCCCGAAAGCCAGGCCUGUUAAUUCAAAUACCUACGCCCCAGCAAGCCAUACAGCAACUACACCAAAAAGUAUGAGUACUUCUCUCCCACAGAGCAACACUAUGCGCAAGACUAGAUCUUCCUCGCUCGCUGGUUCACUCCCGCCGUCCCCGCCACUCACUCCGGCGACGCCGAUCGCAUUCCCGUCACCAAGAGUUGCACCUGUGCGGAGAAACAGUAGAGACAACUCACCUGCUUCUCUUAACGACGAUCCACUCGACCUCUACGCAGAAAACAUAGAAACGCCUUUCAAACUCGAUGGGCUCGAAGAGGAGGAGGAGGAGGAAGAGGAGGUCGUAGCAGAUGCCAAGCAGCAGCACGAUACUUCCUUCGUAUUUAAUAUGGAUAGCUUCGCCGGUCCACACAAAAAAACUUCGAGUCAACCAAAUAGCAGAUCUCCGAGUAGGGGCAGACAGUCGCACCAACCACUCGCACCCGACGAGCUAGACGAAAGAGGGAGAAGCAGACACAGAAAUACCUCUAGAGGCAGAUCGUAG